ACGUAAAUAAAUAGAAGAUAUAACUAUAUAACUCUACAAAAUACUUACAACAAAACAUGUGUGAUCUAAAGCAGUUAAAUGUCGCUUAGAGGCUUAGAAGUGAACUACCCUGACCCUGGGUUCUGGACAAAAACUUCCUUAAUUCAACUAGGUUACGGUAUUUGGGUCAAUUUAACCAUGGGAUCAAUUGGUUUCGCCUACGGGUUCUCAGCGGUGGCUAUCCCUCAACUGAACUCCCCUUAUUCCUUUAUAAAAGUAACAAUUUCUGAGGAGUCAUGGAUUGCAAGUAUCAUAACACUAAUUGCUCCAAUCGGCUGCAUCCUAGGUGGUUUUAUCAUCGACAAAUAUGGUCGUCGUUCUAUACUUAUUUAUUGUCAUAUACCCCUUAUUUUGGGAUGGUUGACAAUUGGCUUUGCGAACAACGCAAUGGAUAUUAUAGUUGGUAGAGGUUGCGUUGGUUUUGGAAUUGGUCUAGCGAUGAGCGCUCCAAGGGUGUACAUGACGGAGGUCAGUCUUCCUAACAUGCGUGGAAUUGUCGGAUCUUUUCCUAACCUUGCCAUGGCAACUGGUAUCACUGUUCAGGCUGGUUUAGGUACAAUAAUGAAGUGGGACGUUCUGUGUUAUGUUAAUAGUGGCUACGCGUUAAUAUUAUUGAUAGUGAACUACCUAUUGCCUGAGACGCCUUACUUCUUGCUCAAACAUGCUACAACGGAAGAAGCUGAAGCUUGCCUGAGACAUUUUCGAGCUAAAAAUUAUAAUAUUGAGCUUGAAAUGAACGACCUUAGAGAUUUCAAGCAUGACAACGAAAUUCGCAAACUGACGUUUAAGCAACAGUUAGCAGCUCUUUGCGAAAGAUCUUCAUGCAAACCGUUCUGGCUUAUGACAACUUAUACAUUUUUCGGGGAACUUUCUGGCGCCUCUAUUGUAUCCAUGUGGACCGUGGAUUUGUUACGGAAUACUAAGUCAUCAGUGGACGCUGACUUAGGAAACUUUAUCUUGGGCAUCACGCGAAUCAUUGCUGGAGUUUGCGGAGGUUUUCUGAUUUUCCAUAGUGGGCGGAGACCUUUGGCGAUCACUUCUGCUCUUGGCGCCGGAGUGGUUUACAUAACGCUUGGUCUCCUUACCAAUUAUUGGGAAAAAACAUCUGUGGUGCCGCAGAUUCUCUUCAUGUUGUACGUGUUGUUUGUCGGGAUGUGUUUCUAUACAUUGCCGCCUUUGAUUUUGUACGAACUUUAUCCUUUACAAGUACGAGGAUUGCUGGGAGGCAUAUCAAUUUCGAAUCUAAACAUAUUUGUCUUCACUGCGAACAAAUGUUAUCCAUAUCUCAGAAAUUAUCUUGGAUUUGCUAACUUGGUCACGGCUUUUGGAACUGCUUCGAUACUUUGUUGCAUCUAUCUGUAUUUCUUCCUGCCAGAAACUAAGGACCUGACGCUACAAGAGAUCGAAGAAUACUACAAUUCUAGACGUUCGACCCUGACCUCGGAACGUCGGCUCAGAUCCAUGCAGGCGUUGAGUACUCUUAGUGUUGGAGCAACAGCGAGCAGUAGUAGAAUAUCUGAUCAUCAUAAAAAGACUAAACAUGACAGAUUACCAGAUAAUCAAAAUAAAGAUGAUUAAAUAUUG